AUGGUCAUGGGAAAACUAGAGAAGGCAGACCUGGCCGUGUUGGCGGCCAUACCGGAGGAUCUGGGAGGCGGCGAGGCAGCAGUGAAAGAGGCCAUUGCAAAUCCGAAUCAUGAAGGCCAGGUCAUUGUCGCUUUUAUAGUCUGCCUGGUUCUCGCUAUUCUGGGUCUUCUGGCCAUCUUUGUGUGCUCCCUGGUCUGCUGUUGUUGCUGUCCGUCCGGUGGGCAUUAUGACAGCGAUGAAGAAGACGAGGUACGUUAACUGAUAGCACUGCUUCGGUAGGCAUUUCUGUUCAAUUUUUUGAGCCAAUCAAAUGUCUGUUGGUCACACUGCUGGUGACGCCUACCAACUCCACUCCAGCUUUAAACAGCCUAUAAGUAACCGGCGUACGGACAGACAGCAGAAUAGCCUUUUCUGUCUAGCGUCAUCAGCUUCUCUUUUUUGUCUUCCUGGUAUGAUAAAAAAAUUUAUAAGUAACUAUCAAGCUAUCGGUUUGUAAUGUCUCCGACUUAAAACACCAUGAAUAAAAUAUGUACUUGAGAUUUUUGUAAGAGUUUCAGAGCAGAAGAAACCCAAGUGUCUUUUGUUCUGAUGGGAAAUACAUAAAGCAUGUGUCCAUCUCCACUGGAAAUAGAAAAACAACUUAGAAACAGCUCUGAUCUCCUGGCAAGGUUUUUCUAACAUACUUUGCUUUAUGAAGGGAUUUCUGUGUGGCAAACGCUCUUACCUUCCCCAGUUCCGCUUUUGCCUAUUUCUCCUAUAGUUGUCCGCGUUCUUCUUUGAAAAAUUUUCCAGAGAUGAUGAUGAUGAUGAUGAUGAUGAUGAUGAUGAUGAUGAUGAUGAUGAUGAUGAUGAUGAUGAUGAUUAUGAUUAUGGAAGGUGCAAACUGUUCAGUGCACCACCAGUUAUGUUCCAUAAUUAACGCCUGUGACCAGCAGACAGGCGGGCAUAUAAAAUGCACGUGGCGUCACUGUAAAUGUAUGCUUUACCGGUCCAUAUGAAUUCUUCAUUUAUUAGUAAUAGUAUGAAAUUUUGAUGGGAGUAACUUGCGUAAACACCUAGACAGAACAUAGGAAUAGGAACGUCUCGUCCACGUCGUAAGGGUUUACCUGCGCAUAAUUCUAGGAAUGGCAAUAUCUUCCCGUAUCCUAACCCCAACAAUUGUCUUAAUAUCAAACUAAACCUUCGCCGUAAUCUUGACCCUUACCCCUAAUUUAACUGUAAACUUGGGCCUGGCUUACUUUACGUUAACUCUAAAUCCAGCCCUAACCUAAAUCUAACCCUACAAUUACACCUAGUCCUUUAUUCACUGGAAGUUGGCCCAAAGCCCUCCGCACUGCGGACGCUUCCUGUUUCAGCAGCCUGUUUGUGGGCUGUAUGGGUUAGUCCUACCGACAUUUUAACGCCCGGAGCUGCGAUUCGAACCUUAGAAUGAGUGUCUGAGAGACCAUACUGUUAGUCUGUCCGUUACUAUCUAAAAAACGAAAAACUAAUUCGUGUAAACUGUAAGGAAAUAGCAUUGCAAUUUUCGGGACCUUCUGAUUAAUUGUGUGGAUGCAUUAACGCCACACAGUCUCAAAAAACCGAUAAAGAUACUGUUUAGCUUUAAAUUUUAUAUCCAUUAUAAGCGCGCUCUUUCGUUUCCAAAAGACAAAUGAAGUAUAAAACUGAAUAUUGUGUGGCAUAAUUCUAAAAUUAUUCAGUUGCCUCAGGAUGCUGGCUUUCGAAUGAACUUUCUUCCGGAUGUAUGCAAAAAAUACAUUGUAAAAAUGACAACAUAAAUAGCAUGAAUUAUUUUCAUCGAUUUUCGGUGCCCUUAAAAAUUCAAUUAUAGUUCAUGAAAAACAUGCAGAAAAAUAAUCAUUCCUUGCUCAUUUGGUAGAAAAUAACGUCUUCUUUUAAGUUUAUAUUCCAAGGAGGGGCAUAAUUUGGUUUUAAAAAUGUUUACAAUUGUGGGACUUUUAAAUACCUUGAAAUGACCGUCCAUAAAUCGUCAUGUUUUACAUUAACUAAUUUGGCUUGUAAGUUGACAGUCUGGAUCAAAUCCACUGCUAAAUUUUAUGAAUACCCAUUUAGUCUCCACUUAAUACCGUAGGUAAAUGUGUGGUUUUGAACGCGGAAAAUAUACGGAUUGUAGUUUUUAAACCCUGAAUGCAAGUGUGAUGGCAGAGCGGGUUUAAAAUUGUUCGGGAUUUGGAAAGGUUUUCGACAACAAAAUUAUACUCCUCCUUUGAGUGCCAAUUUGGAAGAAGACGUAAUUUUUUACCGAAUGGGCAAAAUAAUGAGUAUUUGUAUGCAUGUUUUCCAAGAAAUAUAAUUGAGCAUUUAGGGACAUCGAAAAUCAGUGGAAAAAAUUCAUGCUACUUAAGUAGUCAUUUUUACAGUGUAGUUUUUGCAUGCAGCCGAAAAGAUGUUCGUUCGGAAGCCUACAUCCUGAGGUAACUGAAAUAUUAUAGGAUUAUGUUUCAGGCUGACUAGUUUUACAACGCUACUUAAUUAAUCCUUUCGAAACGAAAGUGCAUUUCAGAACUUCGGUUAAUAUUUCAUGAGUUAGCCCACCUACAAUAGAACCGUCUUCUGCAGUUGGCUGUAUUCGGGCUCUUGACGAAAACGUCAUUUUGCAAAGCAUUCCAUUGACUUUCCGAAAAAAGUAUUAGUUUAACAGUGACGCUUUGAUUACCAUUUUACGCAUUUCUAGCCAUCGAUUUUCUAGUUGCGCAAUAAUACCUUAAAAUCUAUGCACCUGCAUCGGCAAUACUUACAAAUGAUCAGAUUCUCCUUGUUUUGCUAGCUAGGAUACUUGGCUUGUGUUUUGUGAUACCAGGCAGAUGGCAGCUCAAAGAAAACACCCCGUUCUCGUAAUAAAGCCUUCUUUUCUUUAAAAAGAUGCAAACCUUGGUCACCUAUCAAAGAUAUUUAAUUUAAUUUGGCACACCAAACUGUUCCAAAAGCACACAGAUGGUUAACAUGACCCUGCCUACUGACUGAUCCCUAUUUUCCUUCAGUCAUUUGUGAGUAUUCGUUGGGGAUACCAUUUUGUUUGUAAAGUCGAUGAUUUCUAUUUAGGCUUGUUGCAUGAGUACACAAUCCGAACAACGUUCUGGGUGAUGCUUUGACGGUCAUGCACUCAGUAUUAACAUCAGAGGAGAUAGCAGCUAAGCCAACUAUGCCGAAAAUGGCAAAACUCUGCUGUUUGAGAAUUUGCUUACUGCAAGUGUUGGAAGAUGCGCUGAAGUAGCGGUUAAAUAGACCAAUUUCUAUGCCUGCUAGAGAUGGGGUAGUUGAUUUGUGAUUGGCGUCUAAUGCAUUUUGAGCUUGUUUGAUGAACAGGAGCUCUUUCCAAAUUUUGGAUCAGCUCGGUUUGGUUUCCGGUCAGCGAAUUUGUCCGGGUUACUAUUUGCUCUAAGCAGAAAUCGGACGUAAUGUAAUUGGACAGCCAUGUUCUAGGGUUCCCUGCACUUUGUCUCAACAUGCAAAUUCGUGAUAAUUGACUCUUAGCAAUUGGAGAGUGUUGUUGUCGGAAUAGGGACUGGAGCUUUUUUUGUUCUGACCAUUCCUCAGUAUUACAGAAACGAAUUUUGAAUCCUAAAGAUGUCAAACACUAAAAAGUAAAUUGCCGGAAUGAGUAAAAUAUACAACCUCCGGCCGAAUUCGCCAAAUCCUAUUAUUAAAAUUCGGUCAGGCUGUAAGUUAAAUAACCAUUUCUUUUAUGAUAACACCUUUCAUAAAAAAUUUAGGAUCUGCCUACCAAUUAUGGAAGAGGAAGGGUUAGUUUUUUUAAUUUUUAGCUAUAUAAUUACAAAGUAACAAUAAUGGUUUAAUGGCAUGCUAGCCAUAACUGUCUGUCGCCACAAAUAAUAUCUUGCCCGCGACCCCAAAAAUGCCAAACUAUUCUUUUAUUCUCCAGCGCUAGGAAUAUUUGCUUAUUAUUCACUUAAAAGCGUGGAAUUUAAAGAACUUUCUUAACGAAAAUAUCAGCUGAGAAGCUGCUAGGUUAUCCAUGGUAUUAAGGUGUAAGUGGAUAGUCGGUGACUUUAAAUCCAUUAAAUGGUAGACAAUCUGAAGCUGCAGAAUCUAGGGAAUGCUUUAAGAUACGGCGUCUUGCUCAUUGUCGCAUAGUUUGAUUUAAAUACAAUAGACUGCAGAAUAACUGUGCAAAGUGCACAUCAGCUUACUUGUCUCAUCAACUUUUUGUUGUCGCAAAAAGGAAAUGGAUGAGUUCGAGCUCUGUUUUUCGAAUUUUUCCUGUGUAUUUGUGAUUUAGAUUUAUGUUGGCUAGUUUAAAUAAUAAAUCCUCGGGAAGACACACCAUCUAAGGCACCUUAUGAGGUCUAAUCUAAACUUUCAAAAUAGUGUGCCGCAACGGAAUUAUUAUUGAGGCGGAACUGCAAUACCUCUCAGUAAGCAUCACAGUUUAGAAACAAAAUUUAUGUCAAAAUUUUGCCUUUAUACUGCGCAUCUUAUCAUCCCCUGCAAAACAACAUUUACCAACUAAUAGGCGCCAUACUUACGACAAACCCAGUCAGCAUGAAAUUCCCAAAAAACUCCAUUUUCCAGCUUUAAAGAACUGAUAAAAAUUAGCAUUGGAUACAAAUUACGUAAGCCCUCAUAAUGAGCUUGAAAAAAAAACUACAGAUACGACGCUAUUUGAAUAGACGUUUUUCGUCUUGUAAUGCCUUAAAUAUACAUUGUUGAACGUAAAUUAUACUUUUCGGGCAUGAAAUGUGGAACGGUUUCGGUCCACUACAAUUUAGGUAUAAGAAACGAUAUAAAGUAUAGCAGAGCUCAAGACUACAAGAAUUAUAUCGCCUGCACAAAAAGGCGAUAGGUGGAAUCCUAAUUCAGAAUCUACACCGUCUGAUCCGCUCUCCUUUCCCUCCCCCGACAAAUCGUGUGACCGACAUAUUUAGAGGAAGGAAUACAUUUUGAUUGUCAGACCGAACUGUCAGUAGGUCAGUUGUUGUUACAGAAAAGGACCUGGGUGGUGAGGUGAUCGAACAAAGUCAAGUAUUGAUCAAGAGCUUGACUGAAAUUUAGUGUAUAAAGUACUGGAGACAUGUGGAUGAUUGCGCCAAGCUUAAUGGGGAUCAAAUGUGUGAGCAUUAACUGCAUUAGCCGUAAUUCACUGUCAUCUCCAAAUUGUCUGACCUGGACUGCGCACUGGUGCCCGAAGGGGUGGAGAGAGAAGACUGUGAGUGGUUGAUUAUAACCGCACGCCCUGCAACUUCCUAAAUUCCAAAUGGCGCUUUGAGGCCCCGUUUGCAGUGACUGAGGCCUUCUUGCCAGUGGGAACUAGCAUGGGAGCAGAACGACCGCCUGCGCUGAGAGUCCUGCUCGUGCGUGGAGACGAGUCACGAUGGCCUUACCGUGUUAUUUUAGCAGCAGGGGUGCUUUCGAAAACUCAUGCGCGAACAGCGUUUCGCGCCAGACUCAUUGGGAGGUUCUCGUGGGCUAGGACUGGUGAAUAAUCAUACCCGCUAGAAACAAAUGCAAGAAGAAGGUCAAGGGAAGUCCUCUGUUUUUUUUUUACUGCACGUAAUUAUCUUUCGAUUACUGCAGCACCUGCAAAGCCAUUUACUCAGAAAACAACGACCUAAAUAGUCUAAGCAGACAAUUGAACACGGAAGUUCAUUGGAGCACGAUAGCAUGCUGAUUAGCGUGAAGCGUAGUCAGAGAUUAUUGCCAAAACGGCAACAAUCUGGUUUUAAAUCAGACACCUUUCCAGUCAGGUGCAUUUUCUUAUGCUUUCCGCUUUUGUAAAUGCUUCGACUAGUUUGCAAUCUUAUGUUUCAAAACAAAUUUUGAGAUAUUUUAUUUAGUAUACCCGUUUUAAUGUCAAUUUCGUCCUCUUGAAAUUUAGUAUUUGUAGCAGGGCUUUGCGCUGUUGAUCUAGAAGGGCUCACAAAUGAGAAAACGUUUGAGAGGCUUGCAGGCUUAUUCAAGUAUGCUCAUAGUUCUCAUAGGCAGCAACCGGUCUGCAAAUGCAGAUUUGUGAAAUAGGAAAAUCUACUCCACACAAAUGCUGGUAGUUCUUGCGGUUUGGAUUGCGUCGACCGUAUAAUAAAUCGAGGGCACUCGGUUCCCUGUAGAGAGUCUGAUGGCACAACUUAUCCAGGCCGCGAAUUUUGCAACAUUAUUGCCCACGUUGGUGAGGUAACUAAAAUUAAUUAAACGUGCAGAUUAAAUCGUCAGCCCCUGGGUUAGUCAAUAAAAACAACAGUUGGCUGCGUCUUCCGUCUAAAAGCAUGCACUAACUUUCUGGUUCAUGUUUAAUGAGCUUUUCUGAUUUCGACAGCCGAAGGAUCCAAAAAGAUGCAUCAUACUUUAAAACAUUACAACGGACUCCCAAUGCACCUUUGAUUUCGGGAUGUGUGAUUUACAGAUAUUUUGCUCACUUCACCUCCCUGAAAAAUGCACAUCAUAAUGCUACGAAUCAGCACAAUCUUUAGAAAAGUAUCGGUGAGCGCCCACUGUCAUAAUUGAUAUUCCUGAUCACAACCGAUAGAACAACGGACCCGUAGCUCAAUGGUAAAGUGUCAAACUCCAUGACAAAAGACCCCCGGUUCAAAUCUCAGUCGGUCCACACUUAGAGUUGGAUAUGCCUGACUGAUGAUGGCUAAUAAGCCAGAAAUGGCCAUUCCGGCCUCCCUUGUCUUUGUUGGCACCAUCUCACCUAUGUCUACUAUUAGUCGCUGUGAGACUGCCUGCAAGGGUUCUAGUAUGAGCCGCACGGCACAACUGAACAAGCAUGUUCGUAACCUGGUCGGUGAGCGCCCAUCUGUCAUAAUUUAUAGGUAUAAUUCCAGAAGUAAUGCAAUAUGGCCUCACAUACCGAGUGUAUAUGAGGCAAACGGCAAAUGGAAGACAUAAAGUCUCUGUUCAACAUCAUCAUAAGACAAGUAAUUUCAAAAAUGAGAGCUUCUGUUGCUAACAAAAACCUCUCCGAUCCUUUUCUAAAUCAAGGAAAUGGGAAACUCCGUGUCAACAACGAAGGACCAAAAUAUUAUCUGCUGCUCUCUGCAUCUUCUCAUAUUCGUUAUAUCCGCUCUCCUGCUGGUUGGUCUGGUUGUGUCACUCGGCUAUUACUUUGGAGCGGCCAAUGUACUCAGUGAAACUUUGGCUAAUUCACAGGUAGAUGACAAGGAUGUGAUCGUGUGGCUGGAAGGCAACUCUUCCAGCUUUUCCAUCGGUCGCAUUCUGCAAUUUUUGGUUUCAAAUGUUGCGAAAUUCGGAAAAUCGUCAAUCGAGUCGGCGAAAAUAAGUGCAAAUGUGACAAUUAUCAUCGUCAAGAAAAAUAUUUUGGAGGUAUGUUCACAAAAUAAUCACUCUGUUUUUUCAUUCGCUUAAGAUAUAUUUUAUUGAAAACAAAUUUAAUAGGCACUCUUACUCUAUACCAGGUUGAUUUGGUAUCCAAUAUCAGGGAUUACAUAAGUUUUUAUAUAAUUGGAUAUUAACGACUAAUGCAUGAAAUCAUUGCACCAAGUGGCCUAUGCUGACCUAAGACUUUCAGCAACUUAUCUAUCUAUAUUCUGCUAAUAGAAUGUUUUAAAUACAUAACCUUUAAUCUCGUCGCUAGUUAUGUAUUUAUUUUAAUGUUAUCCUGAGGGGAAUUUGGAUAUAUCUGUUCUGCUCAGGCAGGAAUGCGUUUUGAGCCAACAAACAGUUCUUAAACCCUGCCCCCAAAGUGCCGAACGACGUUCCCCUUUCUAAACAAACCACGUUACUAUUUUUAGCUUCGUUUGCAUUAAAAGUGGAAUAUAUUCUUUUGUUUAAGACGGGCAUUUUUUAUUUUUUUAUCUAGGCCACUUUUAAGUGAAGUCAAAAUUUGACAUUUUGAUAGAAAUCAUCUAUGUGUUCUUGUCUGGCUUUUGAUCAUAUUUGUGAUAUUUCCCAUCAUUAUUACUAGGUAGCAUCACGUCACGCAGCGAAACUAAUGUUCUUAGCACUAGACUGUUCGAACAUCAGAAGUUCGCUCCUUCUUCUCUUGCUCAGAACAUUUCAAUUCAUAUUUUACUCAGUUAUGAAUUAAUUUCUGUUUCAUGGGUACUUGCAAUUUUGGUGUCUUCCAUAAAAUAAUUUGCUACGAUUUUGACCAAUUCAAAUAUGGGCUUUGCAAACCCUUCAGCCGCCUACUGAAUGGCAUUUUAAACCUGCGCCUCAUUUUGGCACUUUAUCUGUUCAUUUAACGUUUAAAUGCCUCCGAAUACCACGCAUUACUUUCCGUCAUAUUUAUAAAAUGAAAUGCCAGUUAUAUAAUUGAGGCAAAUCGAAUAUACAUCCUAUGAUGACAUCCGAGGUUUAAAGUCGGGCGAUGCUUGAAUCCUUUGAAGCAUUAAGAAGCUUCCCCGCUGCCUCAACGGCAUACAAACGUGCCCAAAUACGGUGUUUUCAGAAUCUAGGCAUUGAUUUUGCACAAUUUUUUGUCAUAUGGACGCUUAUGUUGUAGAUCACUUUGCCGAAUGAGAUUUCCACUCUAGUGACGGCACUCAUGACAGAAUUCAAAAUGAUGGAAAUUUGGGAGGCACUGAAUGAGAUGGUGUAUGCGAUCGGCAACGCGACUGAAGACGCAAAUUAUAUAACGACAAAUUAUUUGCCGACCAUAACCAAGAUUGUUAAUAAUUCCUUGGAAUUGGACCUUAUCCUUAAUGCGACCGUGCAAAAUUGUUCCGUGACCGGCUCAAAGGUAACGUUGGUUUUUCCGGGAAGUUCGACUUCUGUCUGUAAAUGCUCUUUAACUGCUAAACUAAGGAGUAGUACCAGUUUAUGCAUGCUCCAGUUUUGACGACCUGGAUAGUUGUAUAAACCAGUCUAGUGUAUAAAACGAUGUAUUAGACGCCUUCUGUAAAUAUGAACUUCAUUUUUUUAUAUGGGUAACCUUUUCACAAUAAAAAAUGCCUGAGACUCCACUAUAGUGAUUCGGGAUCAUUGUAAAUUUAGCUGUGUUUACGAACUAGAUAAGGGGUAGUUCAGUGGUUAUGUCGACUCUUUUUGGAGUUUAUAUUAAAAACCGUGUAAUGAACUUUCAAAUUUUUUUCAGUUUGUCAGUUAUCUGUUGACAUUCGCACUUACAGAUAAGUAGCAAUGACACAUGUUACUCACUUAGCAUAACAAUAAUAUUAAGGCGAACAGGCUGCAACAGAUUUCUAUCGUUGCGUUAUUUGGGAUUAAAUACACCAGUUAGCAAAAAUUUUGCCCGACCGUGUCUUCUCCUAAGAGGCUCGUUUGGAUUUUAACCUGUCGGAUAUAUAGUAGACAACUGACGAAAUAACUUUUGGUAGGCAUUUACUUUUGUCUAAAUAAGUAAAACCCUGUAUACGGAGGAAAUCUUUGUUACACAUAUUUUUUUAAAUUUCUUAGACUUCACUAAAGUGAAUUGCAUAUCCUGAUUCAUAUUUUCGACCAUCUGACAUAAAAUCGUUCGAGGUUUCCUCAUCUCUGAGAUAAAUCAAACGUUCUACUGGCGAGAAAUAAUUUGAUGUUCUUUCGAUAUACUACUUUUACAAACAUUGGCUUCUUGCAUUACGUCUUUACCAGCUACUAUUGUGUCAUCUCCUAGGCUAAUGCACUUAAAAUCAGCUUUGAUCCGAAGAACGUACGGCCAAUGCCAUCCAAUGUGACAGCCAUGCUUAACGAAACGAACAGCCAAUUACAAGACCUUCAAUCGAAGUUGGUGAACGUUACGAAACAGCUGCAGGCUAUGAAGGACGACGUGAUGGGGGAAUUGCAGGAUAAGCUGGACUUGGAUAAAAUUCUCGAGGGCAUGGACAAGCUCAUGGGAAAUCUAGAAGAUGAGUUUGCAGAAGUGAAUAGACAGUUAGAUGGAGUCACCACCAAGGUGUCUGGUUUUCUUGAACAGUACUCGCGUCCCGCUAAAGCUGUUCUCUACGUCCUAUGUCUGCCUUGUCUUCUAGCCGGCAUCCUCUUCCUCAUCUUCCUCACCCUGUUUUUGUUUGAGGCGCUUCAACGUCAUCUGUUCUCCUUUACAGGGGAGUCAGCCUCAGAGGGUAUUGUUUAAGUCAUUUUCCUGAAACAUAUGAUGUGCUGUUAUUUACAAAACUUACUUUAUGCAGUCGGCAGCAAUGGAAUCAGGAAGACGUCUCACGCUAUAUUCCACGAAGUGGUAAGCUCAGAGCAGUGGCAGGACUGAGUUAGUUUGCAAUGAGGCAGACUUAUGGAGAAUCCCUCGCACUAUCUCUGUCUUCGCAAAUCCGCCCUGUUCCAGUUGCAUGUAAGUGCCAAUACAACUGAAGGCGGAAUCGGACGCCGUGAUUAGUCAAACAGCCCAUCUACGCGGGCUACGCACAAUCCGGUCCACACGAAAUGUAUCAGUCACAGAUGUAGCUGUGUACGGGCGCUAUAUCGGCGUAUUGAGACACGCAGCAGUGAACCGGAAGACAGGGUCGACUAAUGUCAAUGUCUUCGAUGGGUGUUUAUAGAAUGUGGUCAUCUGAGCAGCCUCAUCGACCGGUGUAUGCAUGAGGUGGGAGACGAAAUCGCAUCGAAUCCCAUAUUUUGGCUUGCAAAUUGGUACUUCAAAAACGUCUCGGAGGCCGUCAGCCGCCUUCUCGCACCACUAGCAGUUAGAGUUGUUCACUGACCGAAGGCAGUCACUAGAUCUCAGGUAAUAUGAUCAAAAGACCCAUUGCCACGGCAAGAGACAUCCGGAGCUGUUUAUCGAAUUGGAGUACCUGCUGAGAAAACAAACGUGUCGGAGAAACCGAAGGACUGCUCUGGAUGCGAAUCGCCGAAAACGCGGUAGCAGUGGGGCGAAAUGCCGUCAACUCUCAAGUCACCGCUCAUUCGAUGAGACCUACCACACAUUCAAGUUCGGCGGGGCUAGGAUUCCCGCGAGAGAUAUCAACGAGUUGCCAUAAUGAUGGUCCAUGAGACCCCAUUCUAUCAAAAAGUGCGAUGCUAUCGUCACUCCAUAUUCGGUGUUGAGACUUAGUCUGCCCAAAGUAAUUAGCCACUCGAGGGACGUGCAGGCCGGUAAGUCAGGUGGCCGAGCCAUCAUCGCGCUAACAGGGUUGAUGCAACUUCGGCAAUUAACAACUUUCAUUGUGGCCAUCAAGCCGUUAAUGCACCAGCCAGCGACCAUUCUCGAUGGGGGGAGGAGAGCGGUUAAUUAUCACAGGCAUGCAGUAGCACGGCGACCGCAACGUCCUGUGCACGAACCAUCCGUAUGUGGUACUGUCUCUGAUUGUGGGUUUGAGCAGUUGCCAUGCCAUUAUUUGCCUAGUGUCAUUGGCAGUCAUCGAAAUUAUGGGAGGGGCACGUAAUUAAUUCAAUGAUGGCUGCACCCUAUUCGGUACUUGCCGAAAUGUAGUCACCGUUGUGGAUUCUUGACGUGAUAAUGACUCGGCCAUUUGGCUCACUGUAGCUCACUGUGCAGUCGCAUGCACCCUCCCCGCAUGGAUAAUUGCUCUGACCAGGCAAAGUCGCAGCGCAAAGUAUGGGGCCAGAGUUCAUUGCACUUGCUGGUCGACUUUGGGCUGCAGAAGCAGGGCUCUCAAGUAGCUGGCGGCUUACGCGGCCGACACCGCUUGCGAGAACUUCAGCCUCGUCUAAUUUGAAGGUGUGACCAUGUCUCGAUAUGAAUGGCCACAGUGAGAGAAAAUGACGAUAACUCUCUAGUCGCAAGUCAUUUGACGGACACACUGUGUAGUCUGGCAAGGCCGAAAUCCUCCCAAGGGGUGACAACCUAAGGGGUCGCGAGCUAUUUUAGUCAAUGCUUCAAGCCACCGUCUUGAAAGUAAUGACGUGCAAAUCAUUGUAGUGUGUGGUUUCUUGGUGGGCUUAUAAAAGAAUAAAAUAGUGGUUUGACGGAGACGGAUUUCCUCUUGUAUAACUCCAGUGCAAACCAACAACAGGAAACAUUCUAUCCAACCAUCAAGUGGGUCUCGUCUUGAAAGGUAUAUGAUUACUAUUCUACCAAUAAUGUAAGAGCUGGUAACUGGCCACUUAAAAUAUUAUGCGUAUACAACAUAUGCCAAUUAUUUUUGCAGCUUAUUUUCUGGUCUUUCGUUCUCCAUUUAUUCUAUUAUCUCAAUCCUUCGAGAUAACAACAGGAUCACAAGCUGCUACUUAACACUGAUACUUGCUGGUAUUUUUAAAAUACCCAAGAUGGAAUAGUCGGGAAAUAAUUUUGACUGCCUAGGGGAAGCAAACGUCCGUCUCUUUAUGCCGAUAGCUCUGUGCUUAAGGCAGGAAAAGUAACAAAAAUCGAUCCCUGUUUGUUCGAAGUACCCAACCUAACAUAAUACCCCAAUUUUCUAUUUGAAGCGAGUGGAACCUGGAUUUCAAGAUCACGUGUUUGUGGAGGAGGAGGAAUGUUCUGCAUUUGUUCUGGCUUGCUUCUCGUGCCCGUCAUUCUCUUCGGCCUUGUCGCCGUGCUGAUGGUGACCAUGGGUGGUUUCCUGGAUGCCGAACUCUGCCCGUACAUAGCUAAUAACAGUGGAAUCAGAAAGACCGAUUAUGUGAUAAAUUCUCAAGUGCAAGUCCUGUGGGACGAUCAUGUUCUAUCGCGGGUAGGUGGGGGCAGUGGGAGCACUGGAGGUGACCUGGCUGGCAUUCUCAAUCUGAAGACACCCCAAAACCUGCUGCAUGCCGUCGAGAUCGGUUGUGAUCCUCAAACCGCCGGGCCGACCUCGAAGUCAGGUUUGCUGGUGCAGAUGGGAAUCGACAAUUUGGUCAACGUCACUGCCCUGCUCGAGAGUCCCCUUCUCACUCAAGGCAUUGAAAGUGCCCAGAAGUAAGUUUGUCGUUCAUCCACGCUGCAUUUUCAGUGUCCAUUUUAGAGGCUCUCUCAGUAGGCAUUUGGUCGAUGCAAUCGAGUCUUUUUUGUCGCCGUUAGUGCCUCCAUCUGCCCAAGUCCACCUCUGAAGUAUGCAAAAUGAAUAAGUUCGUCGGAUUAAUCUGAGGUCAGCCUUUGUUGUGGGUGGAUGGCCGUGACGACAAUGAGAAUGUACGGCUUCCUGGAUGACUCAUAUACUUUACACUUUGAGACCAGGACUGGUGCACUUCACUGUGGUCUCUCAACUACGGCAGUUACCUUCUGUGCUGAGGAAAUCAGGGUUAGUCAGAGUUGCAGACGCUGUCGCUGUGUUUCGCAGCCGUCGUAAGCUCCUAUACUGGCGUUUUCAGUUAGCGAUCUUUCGUACCCGAAUAAUUGUAGGAGCAAUUAUGACACGCAAAAUAUUAGACGACAGUGGAAUGACGGCACGGUCUGGUAGAUCUGUAGUUUUCUAGACGUGGCUUGGGCUUUUAGUGCCGAGUGGGUGAGGGAUGCUUCAUCCUACGGCCUACGACACCUAAGACUUCGAUUGGCAAUUAAUAUAAAAAUCGUAAAUUUCGUAGAGAUUUUUCUUUUUUAUAUUUUUCCUAAGCAGUGCUCAUUUAUUUUGGCAUCUUCCAGCGUUUUACUUUGUGUGAUUUUGUUAGUUUCACUGAGGAAAUAUUGGUUUUCUUGCAGGAGUCUGGUGGACGGUAUCGUCGGGGCAAAUCUUGGCAACGCAAUUCCGAAUGAUAUUCUGGCCAAAAUUACAAACCUUACAUAUGUUUUCCAAAACGUGGUUGCCUUACUUAAUAUAUCUGUAAGUCUAUACUAACUACGCCCUUUAUUAAAGGUUCGAGUGAGAUCAAUUCUUCCCCCCCCCCCAUCUAAGUCGAGGGCAAUGCGCACCUAGUAAAAUUCAAGCAUCCCUGGAAGUUUUACGAGCAACUUGAAACAUGCAGCUAUUUCCCUUUUUUAAUAAACCGUGUGUACGCUCUGUUAUUUGAUUGAAUGUCAACUCCAGGCACUUGAUGAUUUUAUUGCUCUUCAAGGGACUUAACUGUGAUCGUUUUGUCUGCAACCGUUCUCCUCACUUCAUGACGUUUUUUUGAUAAUUUUAAGUUAGGCUACUGAACUGCACGUCUCUAACAAAUGGAAUAAAUCUCCAAAUGCAUAUUGUAUGUAAGAGGCACAACGACCCGAGUCCAGACAAAUGUAAAAUAAUGCUACCGCAAUUAUGCUUAUCUGACUAGUUCAAGAAGCAACAUGUUCGAUAAAUGUUUUGCCAUCUCAAUACUUCUUUACCUGCUCUAUAGAAUUCCGUUGAACACCUUCGAGAAAGCGCGUUCAAAACGGAACAAAUCAAAGCUUUUUCAACCAACCUAGGUCCAAACUGUAGCGCACAAGCCACUCAGUUAGAGAACGUGAUUCCAGAAUUGGUCGACACUAAUGCUAAAUCUGAGAAACUUCGCGAUGCAUACGAUGGUCUGAACAACAGCACAGUAGUGCUGAAUUCGACCAAACUGGAAUCGGGGAUUACGUCCUUCAAAACCGUGAGCAUAUUCCUUUUUGAACAUUUCAAGCAUUACAAUAGUCGUACUUUGCGUUUUAUUUUUCUGGGCUGCGGCAGUAUACUCAUAACACUAGCGAAUCUGGCUCGGCUUUUAUUCUGUUGACGCUGUAGAAGUAGACAGCAGCAAUUAAUUGUAGACCGUCCUUUCUUAUGAGUCUGCCCAUGCAGCCUCGGGGACAGAAAAUGUCUCCAGCCAGAUUCGCGUGUUGCAACCCUUUGCUGCUGUUAAUUUCGCUUGAAUUGAUGAGAGAGGGAACAGAGAGCGAGGUAGACUCGCGAGAAUUCGUCCCCACCACACCUCAGUGCAUUCCUAAUUGCAGUUAAUCUGACGCGUUUCUAUCACAAUGCACUAAACGUGGCGCGUUGGAAGACCGCCGGCUGACGGUGCAAUUCAGACAUCUCAGUCGGCUCUGCGUGGGUUUUUGUGGAGAGAUGGACUGGAGGAAUGCGAUUUCAGCCUCAUUGCUUCGAACAUUUCGCCCUAUUGGUGUGGAAACCUGGUGUGUCAUGCGGUGUACGCGCAGAUGAGCUGUUAAACUCCAUCAGCCACUCGCACCCAAACAUUGCUUCAGAUGAUUGACGGGCUCAGACAGUAAACAGAUGCUUAGGAGAGAGAGAGAGAGAGAGAGAGAGAGAGCGAAGAAUGGUCGAGGUCGCCUUGAACAACUCCAUCGCCACAGCAAUUGACGCGUACUCCUCAAUACAAACAAUUUGGCGGGCUUUUGUACUAAAAGGGAGUGCCAACUCCGGGGUUUUGAAGGUUGCUCGCUGACGGGAUAUCCCGGUCCUCCUCUCGCAACGGGGAGUCCGGUUGCAAUGGAUUCCUCUUAAUGCGGCCCCUUUGGCGUUCCCACGUAGUCGGGAUCUAGGCGUCCCCUUGAGGUUUGUAAAUGGGGUCCUGGUCCCUGGUCUUGCGAAGACCAGGGUGUGUGUGGCACGCGCAGACGGACUGUCUGACCUUGUCUAUCACUUCGGUUUUAUUGACUCCGCCUUGACAGUCAGAUCAGGUGGACUCGAGAGAGGAACAGAGUACGGCAGAUGCUUCGCAGGUCAUCAUGCGGUGAAGCAAAAAGUGGACAUGGUGAGUACUGGUACCUUUAUCCGAACUGAUCCACCCUUACCUGAUAGAAGCGAACAGGCGAGUUCCAGGUAGCAGUUCAGAAGAUGAAGAUGCGAUCACUGGAACAAGAAAUUUAUUUGCCUGACGUUUCGGAUCCUCACUCGAAUCCAUCAUCAGAGACAUUCGCAGAUAGAGGUGAAGGUGGCACCAGGAGUGCAGUAUUUAUAGCACGUGGCUUCCGUGGGACCGUAUGCGCACUGCAAUCGAACGGGAUCAGGUGCUGACGCUCAAAGAACAACUCAACGCCGUCUUUCCGGACAUUCAAUUUACGAUGGAGGAGGAGGAAAACAAUCAGCUGGCCUUCCUAGAUGUCCUCGUCUGCCGCAAAGAUUGUGGUGGCCUAAAAACCAAAGUGUUCAGGAAAGCGACAAAUACGACGCAAAUACUGAACUUCAAUAGCAACCACCCGAUCAGUCACAAACGCAAUUGCGUAAGGGCACUAUACCGGCGCGUUGAGACGCACUGCAGUGAAAUGGAAGACAAGGUUGCUGAAUUACAAUAUCUUCGACGGGUAAUGAGAGCCAAUGGUUACCCGCGGAACUUUGUCAACCACUGCAUACGAAAAGGCCACCAGAGACCAAAUCCAACCGGCCCCAGAUUUUUGCGGGCUCUUCCGUACGUGAAGAACGUCUCGGAAGCCGUCAGUCGUCUUCUCACUCCACUUGGAGUUGGGGUUGCACACAGGCCGGAAGCAACCAUUAGGCGCCAAGUCAUGAGGCCAAAAGACCCGCUACCACGGCAGGACACGUCUGGAGUCAUUUACCGGAUCUGGUGUAGUUGCGGACAAAGCAAUUAUGUCGGAGAAACUGGGAGAUUACUCCGUACGCGAAUUGCCGAGCACGCAGCAGCAAUGAGGCGGGGAGACGCUAGCUUUCAGGUGGCGGCACACUCGACGGGACCCGGACAUAUUUUCAAAUUUCAAGAGGCCGAAAUCCUCGCAAGGAAUGGCAACCGCGUGAGCCGCGAGCUGCUCGAGUCAUGGUUCUCAGGCCCGCAAUCCAUCAACAAGCGCGAUGACCUCCCGGUAUCAUAUUCCGUACUGAGAUUUUUCCCGGAUAAAGGAAUGAGUCACGUGGGGAGGUCGCGGGUGAGCAAUUAUCCCAGUGACAGUGAGCCACUUUGCCGGGCAAUCGUCACACUAGCAUCCAGCACGGAUGACAAAAUCACGGCAAUUAACGAUUUGGAUUCGGACUGACAAGCCACUACCGCAUCAAUUACGACCCCAGCGGUGAUUGCGAGAACUGUUAAUUGCAGUGCGCAUACGGUCCCACGGAAGCCACGUGCUAUAAAUACUGCACUCCUGGUGCCACCUUCACCUCUAUCUGCGAAUGUCUCUGAUGAUGGAUUCGAGUGAGGAUCCGAAACGUCAGGCAAAUAAAUUUCUUGUUCCAGUGAUCGCAUCUUCAUCUUCCACCCUUACCUCCUAAAUCAGUGAGAGGUACUUGCAAUAAAAUGUGCCAGUAAACAGUCCUAAGACCGCGUAGCACUGCUCUAUGUGACGUUUUGAAAAACGCAGAAAUGCCUUGGCUUUCAAUGCAAAUACAAAGUUCUAUUAAGCACCCGGAAAUAUAUAAUGCUUUGAGCUCUGAAAGGCUGUAUUUGUUCCACGCGUGACUUGGCGAAAAUGUCGGUAGUUAUCUCAACAUGUAAAAAAUUGUCGUCUACUUAAAGUUUGUAGAUAAUAUAGCCUAUUGUGAAUGAAAACGCAACACACCCCAUACAGGCAUAAAUUACCAUUCUCUCUUCCAAAGAAAUGGAGCAAACCACGUACGUCAAGCUCAGACGAAAGCAAUUAAGUUCAGUCUGUUUCCGUUUUAUUAUACAGUCUUGGUGCUCUACUUCAUGUCACAAGUAGGUCAGUACCUGGAGGUUAUAUGCAGAUCCUUGAAAGCCCCAGAGAGGAAUUCAAGCAGACUUCUUCUUCUCCGAUCAAUACAUUUUACUAAUUAAGAAAUCUGAACUAUUAUCAAUAUUUAUAAUGUACAGUUUGUGCACGCACACUUUAAUCAAAGAGCAAAUAGCCGGGAGGUCAACGUACAGAACCCAUUUCUGCACAUCAUCUUGACGUGACGUUGGAAUCAGUGAGAUUUUGAGACAAUCGCCAUGUAGUGGCAAGCAAAACUAGCACACUUUCCAAAUGUGCAAACCACUUAGCUUUUAAACAAGAGACAUUCCGACUCACAUUUGUAUAAAUAAUCAAGCCUGUUAAAAUCAUACAAGGCAUUCACAGGAAUCUAAGAUGUUUUGACAGGAAAAGAAGCGGUAAAGCCCAUUUGAUUUGACAAAAAGUGUAAUUCAUAUUGACCCAACUGUGAAAAACUGGGCGCCUCGGUGGGAUUCGAAGCCACGCAGUAAGGAGAAGGCUUUAGCGCAGCCAACGCUCUAACCACCUGAGCUACGAGGCCCCGCUGGACGACGCGAGUUUAAUCACAUUUGGGUCAAGUUACCCGCCCAACCUACUGCAACGUCUGGAAUCCACCAAAUCUGAUACAGUAAGUUGACUGCCCAAGCAGGAUUUCCUAAGUAAUCCACCUAGAAUCCACCAGAUGACUACCAGACUCGCGUAAUUCAUUGACAUUUUGGCAGAUUUUGAAUAAUUCAUAUUGACCCAACUGUGAAAAACUCGGCGCCUCGGUGGGAUUCGAACCCACGCAGUAAGGGGAAGGCUUUAGCGCAGCCAACGCUCUAACCACCUGAGCUACGAGGCCCCGCCGGUCAAUAUGAAUUAUUCAAAAUCUGCCAAAAUGUCAAUGAAAAAGUGUAAUGUUUUAUUAAAUGUCGAAAGAAGCUAUCCACAGACCAUUGAAUGCAUUAAAUUACAGCUGCAGAUAUUUGGAUAUGUGAAUGUCGAUAUCUAAAACAUUUUCGUGGUUAUCACCAAGUGUAAUCUCGAGCCUAUGCGCAAAUCGAUAAAAAAUAGAUUGAAUAAUCUUGAAGCGUUCUGACCGUAAUUAAAUAAGACGCCUGAUGUGGUAUGAAUUUAUGACAAAAUACACACCAGUAGAUCUUUCAGGAAUCGAUUAGUCUGUUGGGUUCCGAAUUAAAUCUAUCUCCUCAGGAACCGAAAAUGCGUGUGCCUGAUGUCGAUCAGGACCUUUCUACAAAGGCAAGCUGCAUACCGUGUCAGAUGUCAGUUUUAGUAUUACACCUUAAAAGUCUCCUUCAGAACGUCCGUAAAAUAACUUUUUUGACACACUUGACAUUGAUGAUUUGCCAAACAGCAGAAAUAUAGAUCGUUGGGGAUAAAGCUGAGAAAUUUAGAACAUAUAUAUUGGCAGAAUGACAUAACCGACAAAGAUUGGAAUGGCCAUUUUCGGACUUUUAGUCGUCGUCAGCCAGUUAAAUACAAUCUCGAAAUUUGAAACACCUGGGGCCUGAUCCCGCGAUCUGUUUGUCAGACGCCGAACGCUCCUAACUACUGAGCCACGGAUUCGUUUCGCUGUCGGUUGCGAUCAGGAAUAUACAAUGAUAGAGAGCGCUCACCGAUCACGUUACGGAACUCACACGCUCCAUUGUGCCUUAAGGUUAUCUUUUGAGUCCAACCAGUAUACCUCGAGAUUGGGUAUGACUGGCCGGCGUCCGCCAGUAAACAAGAAAUGGCCGCCCUUGUCUUCGUCGGUUCUAUCUUAUGUAUAGCAGUGAGGAGAGACGACAGAGCAUGCGGGUAAAUUAAUACAGUAGGGUUUCGGGCUUAUUCUGCCUUCCUUCAGCCAAUUAUAACCCUGACCACCAGCAGCUGGGACCAGAAACACAAACAAGCGCACAAACCCACCUGGCGCAAUAUGUUAUUACCGACAAAGACAAGGGAGACUGGAAUGCUCAUUUCUGGCUUAUUAGCCGUCGGCAGCCAGUCAUACCCAACCCCGAAGUGUCGAACAUCCGAAGCUCGAACUCGUUUCUAACGACGGCUAAUAAGCCAGAAAUGGCUAUUCCUGUCUCCCUUGCCUUUGUCGGUAAUAACAUUCUGCCUAUAUCAUGCGCCGCAGUGCAGCUGCUGGUUGGGCUGGAGAGAGAUCCCGCAAGGCACAAGGGGACGAGUGAGUUCCGUAACAAAGAUCAAUUAUUAAUGGUUCACGAAAUGCCACUUUUAAAUGGGACCACAAAAAUGAGUGCAUAACGCCUGUUCGAAUAUCCGCCGUAACAUGUGUGGAGUACGAAAGCCGGGGAAUUUCCUCUUAUCAUCAAAGAAAUAUACAUACACAACGUCCCCUAUAAAGGGGAGCAGUAGUCCUUCACUCUAGACUCAACCAAUGGGACAUAAGAGCGUUUCCUUACUUACAUAACAUUUGGAGAAGUGCUUUUUUGUCAACAUUCUAAGCAUCCAUAAAAUUGGAAUCUAUUGGCAGAUGAGCCCUUGUUUGUUAGCCAACGCUUUUUUAAAUGGGACCAUCUAGUUCGAAAAGUGCUCUGACAAACUGUAAUUUCUCUGCACACAUUCAGUUAACGGCAACCAAGGAUUCCGUCGCCGGCGUUAUCGACAAGCCCUUCGAAGCUUUCGUGACUGCCCUCCUUGGUUCCGUCAAUGAAACUGGAAAUGCGGCCUUUGCGAAUCUGACUCAGCGACUCCUGCCCUGUGGCAGUCUGCACUACGCUGUGAAAUCAGUGGUAUUCAUGAGCUGCGGUCCCUCGGGUCUGGCCUCCCGACUCUUCGCCUGGGGUCUCUUCCUCUCACUCUGCCUUUUCUUCACCUUCUUCAGCCUCCUCAGUCUGUGUCUACUCUGGCGCGUGCAAAACCAUCAGGCAAAACGAUUCGCAGACUCUUGA